UUCAAUAAAGGCUCAGAGUGCUGGCGUAACUCGGCGAGUCGGGCAGCAUCUCUGGAGAACAUCUCUCUUGCCCUCGAAACACAACUGUUCAAAUCCAAAGAUGAAUUGCCUUGUGGCCCUGGUAGCUGGUUUCAUUCUCAGUGCCUCUCCGGGUAACUGUUUGCGGUGUUUCUCCUGCUUAGGAUCAACGCAAAAAUGCCUGGAUAGUACUGUUAACUGCUCUGCGGGGGAGCGAUGCUACCUUUUGGUUGCAGAGGCUACUGGUGUAAAGGUUUACAGCGCUGGAUGUUUCCCCCUUGCUGCAUGUAAUGUCGAGCAAACAAUCACAGGAGCAUCAGUCGCUGUCAGCUGUUGCACUACUGACCUCUGCAAUGAUCAGGGACAAUGA